CGGAGGAGGCUGUCCCUGUGACCGCCCUUCCGGGAUGGCGACAGUUCCCCAGGCCAGGGACAGCGCUAGAUCAGACGCCGCACCCUCGUGGCUGCAGAGCUCUGUUACCGCGGCUCGCCGCUCUCCUGCUCCUGUUCCCAGGACCUGCAGUUCCCAGCCCGGAGUCGGGUGUCCCAGGUGGCUUGAGGACACAGGGUGCUGGGCAAGUGCCGAUCGGCGCUGCCCGCCGGUCCUGACAGGCCGAGCCAGGGCCACCAAAGCGAGGGACCUCCUGAGGCUACGUGCGGCUCCCUCGCGCCCAAUCCUUCUGCUCCAGCGGCCUCGCAGACGAGCGGAAAGCCGCGGUGACAUGCUGCGGUGCCCACACCCCCGCGGGACCGAAGCCUGACUAAUGUCGCAGGGACACUGGGUUCCCUAGUUGCUGCCUCAGGCUUAAUGAUUGUCCAGAAGGCAGCUAUAAAGAGCCUGGGUGGAGGAGGGAGCAGAAAAACCCAGCUCAGCAGAUCUGGGCACUACUAGCUGCAAGCAGGAGCAGUCAAGAGGCUGUGGUCAGAAGCAUUGUGACCUGGCCUGCAGGGCCUGCUUUUUCUGCCAUGGCAGCCCAAGGAUAUGGCUAUUAUCGCACUGUCAUCUUUGCAGCUAUGUUUGGGGGCUACAGUCUGUACUACUUCAACCGCAAAACCUUCUCCUUUGUCAUGCCAUCCUUAGUGGAAGAGAUUGCUCUGGACAAGGAUGAUUUGGGGCUCAUCACCAGCAGCCAGUCGGCAGCCUAUGCCAUCAGCAAGUUUGUGAGUGGGGUGCUAUCUGAUCAGAUGAGUGCUCGCUGGCUCUUCUCCUCUGGGCUGCUCCUGGUUGGCCUGGUCAACGUAGUCUUCUCUUGGAGCUCCACAGUACCAGUCUUUGCUGCUCUCUGGUUUCUCAAUGGCCUGGCACAGGGGCUGGGCUGGCCCCCUUGUGGGAAGAUCCUGAGGAAGUGGUUUGAGCCAUCCCAGUUUGGCACUUGGUGGGCUGUGUUGUCCACCAGCAUGAACCUGGCUGGAGGUCUGGGACCUAUUUUGGCAACAAUCCUUGCCCAGAGCUACAGCUGGCGAAGCACACUGGCCCUGUCUGGGGCACUGUGUGUGGCUGUCUCCUUCCUCUGCCUGCUACUCAUCCACAAUGAACCUGCUGAUGUUGGACUCCGAAAUCUGGACCCCACCCCCUCCAAGGGCAAAAAGGAUUCAUCAAAGGAGGAGAGCACCCUACAGGAUCUGCUGCUGUCCCCCUAUCUAUGGGUGCUCUCCACUGGCUACCUUGUAGUCUUUGGAGUAAAGACCUGCUGUACAGACUGGGGCCAGUUCUUCCUUAUCCAGGAAAGAGGGCAGUCCGCCCUUGUGGGUAGUUCCUACAUGAGUGCUCUGGAGGUUGGCGGCCUUGUGGGCAGCAUUGCAGCUGGCUAUCUGUCUGACAGGGCCAUGGCAAAGGCAGGGCUGUCUGUGUAUGGAAACCCUCGUCAUGGCCUGUUGCUGUUCAUGAUGGCUGGCAUGGCAGCAUCCAUGUUCCUCUUCCGGGUAACAGUGACUAGUGACUCACCCAAGAUCUGGAUCCUGGUGUUGGGAGCUGUGUUUGGUUUUUCUUCUUAUGGUCCCAUUGCCUUGUUUGGAGUCAUAGCCAAUGAGAGUGCACCUCCCAACUUGUGUGGCACCUCUCAUGCUAUUGUGGGACUCAUGGCAAAUGUGGGCGGAUUUCUGGCUGGGUUACCCUUCAGCACCAUCGCCAAACACUAUAGCUGGAGCACAGCCUUCUGGGUGGCAGAAGUGAUAUGUAUAGCCAGCACACUUGUCUUCUUCUUGCUUCGAAAUAUCCGCACCAAGAUGGGCCGAGUACCCAAGAAGGCAGAGUGA